UGGCGCCAAAUUAGAAUUCUGAGCUUGCAAGGCGAUGUAGUCUGCAACCACAGGAGCGUGUGAUACAAGUCCGUGCUGUAACUAUCAACUGAAAUGUCCAAGAAAAAGGGUUUAAGCUUUGACGAAAAAAGGGACAGAAUGAUUGAGCUUUUCUUUGAGAAGAAGGACUUCUUCCAGUUGAAAGACUUGGAGAAGAUGGCCCCAAAAGAGAAGGGCAUCACAGCCCAGACAGUGAAGGAAGUGCUACAAAGUCUGGUUAAUGAUGGACUAGUGGACUCUGAAAAAAUUGGCACUUCCAUUUACUUCUGGUCUUUUCCUAGCAAAGCCAGCCAAAGUCGAAAAAGGAAACUACAAGACAUCAGAUCUAGGCUGGAGGAGAUAAAGGCAAAAAGUCAAGACCUACAGUCACAGAUUGUGAAAGCUAAAAUAGGAAAAGAAGACUGCGAAGAAAGAACAUUACUGUUAACUGAACUAAAGAUACAGAAAGAAAAGAAACAGCAGCUGGGAAAGGAGUUAGAAAAAUAUCAAGAGAGUGACCCUGAGAUUCUUGAAAAGUUAAAACAGGAGGCAGACAUGGCACACGAAGCUGCUAAUCGAUGGACAGACAACAUUUUUUCAACAAAAUCAUGGAUCAAACAAAAGUUUUCCUUUGAGGAUAAACAAAUUGACCAACAGUUUGGCAUUCCUUCAGACUUUGACUAUGUUCAGUGAUCACAAGCUUCUUCUCUUAGCAUAUGUUCGUAGAUGUGUGUAAAAGAUGGCAUGUGUGUUUGUGAGCAUGUUUGAGCGAGCAUAUUUUGUGGGUCUUACAAAAUGUCAAUGUUUGUCACUGAAAGUACUUGCAGUUGGCAUGUUAAAAUUUUCAUUGAGAAACAUCCCUAUUCCUUGUGCGUAGUGUACUCAGUCCUAAAUAAUUAACGAAAAUCAUUAUAUGUUCUUGUUAGAUGUUGGAGUUUACUUUUAAUAAUUUUAUGAAACAAUAGUACAUUAUUCUAUCAUUACCUCUGAUUUCUAGCUAAAUAUGUCUACAGGUAUUUUGGGACACUGUCUCCAGUAUUAAUGCUAAUAAAAGUCUUUUUCCACUUGGUAUUAACUCAAGUGUAUUUAAACAAAAGCAUUAAAAGUACAAGUUCACAAACUACAAAAAUAAAAACCCCAGAAGAAAUAAUAGUAUUGAUUCUAUAGCACCUUUCCCCACCAUCAAGUUGUUUAACUCUCCAGUAGGAGUGUUGCUGAAGUGUCUUUCUCACGAAGAAACAAAGGUAACAUAGACCUAACAGGUUAUACCAAAUGUAAGAAGUUUUUGCUCACGCAUGCAUGGACCACAGAGUCUAUGGGAGAUCUAUGACAGAUGGUGCAGUUGUCACAACAGUAAUUUCUGAUGGAAGGGAGGCAAGACAGUGCAGCAACCUCUGCCAAGUCAAUUCAUAAGCUUUGACAUCCGAGGAAGACUGAAGUGAACAUUUAAAAACCAUCAUUAACAAUAGCAACCAUUAGAACUAAGUUAAGUGUGUGAAUGCCUUGAAUAAGUGAAACCACGAAUGUAUAUAGGGAUAUUAGUUCAUGAGUGAAACUGGCAAUGAAUGAAAUUGUGAAAGUACAUGUUUAUUAACAAUUAGUGUAACAUUUGAGGAAUAAUGGGACACCACAGAUGAAGCAUUCAAAAUAUAUUGUUAAGAUAAGAAAAUUGUUUACAACUGACAAAUUUUUAUUAUUUGUUGUAUAUUGAACAAAAAUUACAUGAGAGUGCAUUCACCAAGAAAUCUCAGUUUCACGCUAUCACAGACAACCAGUGGUGUGCUGUCCUGUGAGACCAGCCAGGCACCUAGGUAUCACAGCGGUAAACAUAUACAGUGUUGUAACUAUUGGCACAAAAUUCAUGAGCUACUGGUACUUUAAAGUUUAGAAUCAGCUUACAUAAUUACCUCUUUAUUCCAUCCUCACACAAAAUGAGUACGAACUUGGGACAGUCUCUAUUUUACCAGUGCUUGGCUCUCCUUAUGUAUACUUCCAAAGAUUUAAUAGCUAUUAAACAUCUCCAGGUCAGUUUAUAAGCAGGCUAAUAUAAUUAUUAGUACAUCUGAACAUUCAGUUAAUACUGAGCUGAUGUCUGCAAAUCUGAAAAAGAAUUUUCUUAAAUUCUGAAAACUUUUACCAGGCAAAUGGUGAGCUGAGCAAAGGCAUGGUUUUCUGGUCAAAAAGCAUCUCUACUUGCUGUACAAACUAUUCUAUAUUCUCUUGGAAUAUAACUUCAUGGUAAUUUAAAAUGCAUAAAUUAACUUGCUACUGACACACUUUGAAAUGAAAAACAAAUCACUGUUUUAUCCAAAAAAAAUGACGAAAACAUGUCAUUAAAGUAUUUUAAAAAACUAUAAAGAAAUCUGUGGUCGGAACUCAGGUUACCACUGAUCCUGAGACAAGUCAUGUUUACCACAAUACUAAUUACCUGUGAUUUGACCUCAAGAUCAAAUCAUGACAAUCUUUUUAUCCCUUAGGACCUGGGAUAUGCACACACUUGCAUGGUGUACAGAUCAGGCUUGCACAUGCCCACUUUCCUACACAAAACUUGCACAAGUACCUAGUUACAGUUUAUCACACACCUGAAAGUGUAAAUAUCAUCUUUUGUAGUUUACCACAUAAAUCAUGGGUUUUGCUUUACAACAUAAAUCAGGUUUUACAUUGUUUACACAGUGUAUACACUUUGUAUCUAACAUCAAAACAUUAACUCUUUACAGUUCUGUCAAUUAUAAACAGUUGAAAAACAACAUGGCCUUAGUGGUUAAGGAAGAAACUCUGAACUGUAAAGAGCUAAAAUAAUAUAUCAAAGUAAGGGAUUUUUUUUCAAAUGAUGCCUUUGCCAGGUCAGAAGAAAAACAAGCAUGAGGAUAGACAACUUCAUAUUAAACUGCCAAAAAUUUAAAAGAUAUGAGCAAAGUGUGUGCUAAUUAUAGUCUUAUAUCAAAGAUUAUAAAACAAUAUUAUGCAUGAGAAAGCCCCAGUUUUACAUGGAAGAAAAAAAAACCACAACUGCAGUGGUCAUGCCCUUAUUAUAUGUUAAUGCCCUUCUUAAAUUGACUAAUGCCAUGCCUUAAUGCAAUAAUAUUAAUAUUAUGAUAAUCUUCACUUUUUAAGGGAAUUUUAAUUAACCAGUUCCAGUCUUCUUUAAAAAAAAAAAAAA